AUGUCAUGUGAUUUGUAUGCCACCUACAAAGUGGACUGUCUUCGCAUGCAGACUGGCGUUGGCGAAGACACGCUGACACAGCAGCUACUCGACGGCAUCAACAGUCUCGUCGCGCCCAGCGUUAUCUCACCGUACGUCCUGGACCCACCCAAUUGCUUCGACCAAGUGUUAGUGGAGGGUGAAGUGAAGAACUUGAGUGACAUCAGCCAGUCUUUGGUAGCAUCACAUUCCAAUCACUUCGUAACCGUGCGUCUAUAUAGUUCACUUGCAGGACCAUACGAGACCCUGCGCCAGACCCCGCCGUUGGAGUGCCGCUGCGUGACCAUCAAGGGCAUAGUCCUAUCCACCAUCCAGAUCGAGAACUACUACUCCAAGUAA